CCUCUCCGUGCUCUUGUGAUCCGCGCGCUUUAAGACGUGUGUUAAUUUUCGGAACCGGUCCGGACUCAGCGGUGAGGGUUAAUCGGCCCCCCGGGGGAGCGGAUGAAGAAACACAUUUUGCUCAUUUUCACAUACCGAGGACUCCUCAGCAAAGGAAAGAGAAAAAAUAAAAAGAGAAAAUGGCCAAUUUCUUGUUACGGAAAGCCGAGCGCGAGGAUGUGGGGGAUUUACUGCGACUCAUAAAGGAACUUGCUAAGUACGAGAAGAUGGAGGAACAGGUCAUUCUGACUGAAAAAGAUUUGUUGGAGGAUGGUUUCGGUGAUCAUCCUUUCUAUCAGUGUUUCGUGGCUGAAGUGCCGAGAGAACAGCAGAGUGCUGAAGGCCACACGGUGGUCGGCUUCGCCAUGUACUACUUCACCUACGACCCCUGGAUCGGGAAGGUGCUCUACCUGGAGGACUUUUACGUCAUGAAGGAGUUCAGAGGAUUUGGAAUUGGAUCAGACAUCCUGAAGCACCUCAGUCAUAUGGCAGUAAAGUGUCGCUGCAGCAGUUUGCAGUUCAUCGUUGCCGAGUGGAACAAAUCAUCCAUCGAGUUUUAUAAACGCCGCGGCGCGAGUGAUCUCUCUCUGGAGGAGGGCUGGAGGCUGUUCAAGAUCGACAAGGAGAGCCUGACCAAAAUGAUGACUGAGGAAUGAAAUGGGGAAGAAAAGACAUUUAUUUAUCAAUUUAUUAACAAUGAAAGACAAAAUUCAGCUUCAGUGUUUACUAAAUUAAAUCUACAGUCGAAUGAUGAUGAUGAUGAUGAUGAUGAUGAUGAUGAUGAUGCAGUACAUAUCUAUACAAAAAGUGAGUCUUGUGUUUUUGUACUUUUAGAAAAUUCUCUCUUUAUGAUGUAAUAAAUGCACAGUUUCACAUUCA